AGUUGGUAAAAACCCGACAAGAAAACAUGGAUUAUAUGUCUUAACGAUGUAUCUAUCUUACUCCCAUAGUAGCCUACUAUGGUGGAUUGAUACGUUAAAGGCGAGCUCGCCAAAAACUAUAGCGAGCCUUUUCCUCGAUACCAAUUGCCAAACAAUUUCACGGUUAGAAAAUAUGAAAUAAACACGUCAGUUGAGUUGGCAAACCUAAUUAUGUCAACGAGUGCACUUUAUACCCAGCAUCAAGUGUUGUACCACCACGAUUGCGUUGGUGUACGAUCACAUUUGAAGCACACAAUCAAUAUAAUUGCCACUUCUGAAUGAGCUUCGUGAAACAAAUAAAAUAAAUUUACAAACUCUACCGUAUCAUACAUAAGUGCCGUUUCAAUGGGGAGAGUAUAUUGCAUUAGUUAACAAAAUCUUCCCGUUUGUUCUGCGUGGUAUUAAGUGACAGGCAAUAUGUACAAACAGUCGUACAGAAAUGGACAUACAACAGGGUUAACAUGCGAUACGACCAUUCCGGAAUCUGUGUUUAAUAAAUGUAUGUUCAUGCAGCAGCGAGCUCGAUCGUUAACGACCACCUAUAGCGAAAGGGUCGAUUUUCUACCGGAUCCAUCACUCCCGCGAACGGCGGGGGAUUGGAGCGACAGUGAUGGCGACACACCUCGAAAGUUUGUGCUGACGAAAAGAGGUGAGCAAGAUGACGUAGGAGGGUGCGGGGGCAGCAUCGGGGGCGAAAUGUCAACACUUAGAAUCUUAACAGAAGACAGUGACAACACUGAACGCGUGCCGAGCGCGACCAGCACUAAUGAGAAUCAAGACCCGGGAGAUAAUGAUGACAGAACCAAUAACGAUAUUCGGCAUUUAAUACGAGAAAUCCGCAUCGAAUCGCUUAGCGCGAACAAAGGAUCCGCGACGAACAAUGGUAGACGGCUGUACAAGAGGAGGGAAGACAAUGGUAAGGUGACACGGUCUGUACAUGGAGACAAGGGCUCGGACUCGGAAACAUGUUGCUCAAAACACGGGCACAGAUUGUCAGGACAAGAGUCGUUUCAGGUACUGGCAACAAGUAAAGUAUUCGGCUUUCCCAGCAGAUCUGAAGGAAAAGAAAUUUGGCAUCAGCGGCGCUCAGCUACGACGGAUCUGCAAUCGAGCUCGUUCACGAAUAAAAGCGAGAGCGAUCGUGACGCAAAAUCAACAACGGAAUUUAUUUACGAUCUGAGUUGCUUCAAAAAUAGACCGCGAGACGCGCAGACUAGCAGUGUAAAGGGCAGCGCACUUGGAAGACAGCAGCCUGUCAUAACAAGCCCUCGAGACGAAAGCGAAGAAUGUUAUGAAAAGGCGGUUCGUAUUGAAACCAUUCAAACUCCACCGCAGCGCAAACAGUCUUCUGAAGACACGGCCCCCGAAUCCGAGUUCAAGUGCACCGGCGCAAAUUUAAACGAAGACGUUGAUCUUUAUGCGAUAGUCUGCAACAAAGAGGACAAAGACGUGAAGACGCAGGAAUUGCUACUGACGAUAAGACCGAUUUCGAAUCAUUCAAGAGGCGGGCAAGAACGACCGUUCUCAGGCCGAAGCCUUACGGGUAAGUUUGUGCUUCUUACAGACCUGGACGACUCAACUGAAGAGACAGUUGACACGCUCAAUUCAUUAGAAGAGAAAACACAAGUAGACUCAGCUGCAUUUAACGAAGCACAACACCAUCGGAAAAUGACAACUAUCACUCGCGAACACGAAUCACAAACAAAACAAGGCGCAGAUGAUGGUCACGUGCACCGUCAGAAAGCACAAUCUGAAAACUGUUUAAGCGAUUCUUUAAAGUCUCCAACCGAAGGCAGUUUAGAAUUCUUAGGAAAGUUUCGUCACCCGUCCCUUUCUCAGCAAGUUCCUCUUCGUGAAGUUUUCGCUAAAACUUACGAGGGAACUAGCAGUGAAGUGAGCGCUACCGACAUAGACGAUAAACAGAUCAUACCACAAGCAGUUUACACACAAGAGUCAGCUACGUCGUUAAACCCAAUUGAUGACUGCAUAGGAAUGGAGAGACACACCACUUACAGCUUCGGUGAUGGGGAAGACUUGAUUGGAUUUCCUUCUCCUCCUCCGAGUGCGUUAAAAAAAAGAGGGAGUGUCGGAAGCGCAGGGAAAAAGCAACGAGUUAAGUUCGACCUGGACCUCGAAAUACAUGUGGUACCUCGGGAAUCAACACGCACAACGCCGACAGAGAGAUCUUAUGAAUUACAAGGAGUAGAAUCUACAGACUCCUCGCAUGGAUACCUCGAAACGUCAACAUCAGUUGAUAAUCCAACUGAUGGAUUCGACGACGACCUGGAAAAUCUGGGAUUGGAACUAACUAAUCCGUUUGGAAGGAUGUCGGUUCGAAGUUCGGUCACCCCGUUUCGAGUAAUAACAAGCAGGCCUGAUACUGCAUCCAAUGCAGACGACAAACCUAAAACACUAAAAACUACAGGUGCACGAACAGGAAGAAGAGAUUCCUUUGAUAUUUUACAGAUGCAGCAGUUUUUGAAACAGCAGUCAAGAGAAAGGGCCAAUCCAGGAACUGCAUCAAGCCAUGGAACGCAAAAAACUUCAGUUCAAACACUCAGGUCGAUGGAAGGGGGUUCAACGAACUCUUUUCCAGCGCGUCCUGUCAGAACUCAUCUGAAAAACCCUGAUCAAUAUAACCAGGAAAGGUUCAUGCCUCGGUACUCACAUGUUCAAUUACAGAGACAGUACGAGGAUUGGCGAGAGCGUAAACAAAGGCGCCACCGUGCGGUUGCCCGGCAAAAUGCCCUGGAUCGGACACACGCCGACUGUGGCCAUAAACCAUCAACUGUCGACGAAACUGAUACGGACUCGAGUGUUUUGCCGAAGCCUCAACCGCAUUUAAUAAGCUCACCUAACCAGCGAAUCAUGUCGGCAGAAACAAGUCCUUUUUACCGAAGGUUAACCACUGAAAGCGAACCAGCCUUGCUCAGGAACACAAAAGCGGCACAAUUUCCUAACCCACAUGACGGCCUCCCAUUCUCGCAUGAACUUACAGGUGGCGAGGGGUUUCGGGGAGGAGCGGUUAGACCAAAAACCAGCGAAUCUUCCAACACAAGACGACACCUAUGGCGCACCCAACAACCGCGAUCGAGAGAAACCUUACUUGAAGCAAGUCCUAACAUUGCCGAACGACGGAAGGACCAAAACAGAGGGGUCGUUAACGUCGAUAAGUUAAACGGGCGGUUCAAUUUCGCAAGACUUUCGGCAGGAGCUCGCAGUGCGUUGAAAGAUGCCCACCGAGCCUAUGUUAACAGCGUGAACGAAGCUAAAACGAACAAAGCGCUUUCUGAUUAUGGAAAUGAAGUCACAAGUUGCGUGAAUCGGGUCUCCGGUAAAGUCUACCAGGAACGCGACUCGCACAAUGAAAGAAUUUAUUUGGACAGUCGUUCCUCAUUGCCAACCACGUUACCUAGCCACGCCCCCGUGCGGCGAGGUGAUAACAAUGUUGAGGGCGCUUGGAGGCGACAGAGAGCAACGAAGCAACAGGGGUUAACAGGACAACGGGAUUCAAAAAGCAUUAUGCCAAAUCUAAUUCAAAGUCAAACGAACCAAACUUUUUCACGACAUUCGGCCGUCACCGUCAACUCUCUCGGGUUAACUGCGUACACACCUAUAAAUGCAAACGCGCCAGAAAAAGCUAAGGAAAGUAGAACUGCAAAAAUGCCGAGGAUAGAAAGAUCGGUAGCGGAGAGAGUACGCAGGACGGGGGUUCAUCGCGAAAGCCGGAACUCCGUAAACUCACCAGCAGCAGGUUCAAGACUUCUUAUUUCGUUUAACAACUUGGCACCAAGCAAGUACAAGAAGCGAAAUAUUUCAGGCGAAGGAAACGCGGGUCUGAUCGUAACCCCUCGACUCUUUGCAUAAAUAUAGAUAUUAUGAAGAAGGUCGACCAAUAAUGCUUGAAAGUUUUACCGUGUACAAUCACACUGAAGAUGUUUGUCUCUUAUGUAAUGUUAUUUUAACUGUCCUAUCAUUAUAGGCAGUUGGUGUUGGGUAUAUAAGGUGUUGCGUAUAUAUAUGGUGAUUGUACAUACGGUUGUUCGUGGUUUGAGUUCUAGUUAGUGUGAACGGGCUUCCGAUGCAAUAAAGAGUCAGUUUGGCACCA